AUGGCAUCGCGGAAAAAGUUCCCUAUUUUGGCCACAACAAAGGUACUCCGCGAACUGCGCCCAAGCUUGGCACUAAAGUUAGGAAAAAACGCUUCGACCUAGCUGGAACUGAAUUACUAUAAUAGCUCUAUAGUUUUAAGGGUACCUACGAAGGCUGUGACGACUCAUUUAGUUCCAUACGGAGGCAAUAAGUUUAGUUCUGGAUAUGUUUCAUCGCAUAAAGUGUAAAAUGACAGGCUGCAGCCGUUUUUGAAGGGUAAGGUGGUACGUAAAAAAGAAGGUACCUCACUAACUAAAUCCACUGUCCAGGCUUUGACGACGAUGAAUUGAGCGUGCACGCUAAAUUUGGGCUAAUUCCGACCAGUUUCCGCAAAGUUAUAAGUUGUGGCCAAAAUAAGGAACUUUUACCGGCAUCGCUGAAGUGAAAAGCAAUUUGCUUUUGUCGCGAGACAAUUCAUUUUCUCGACGGCAAUGGGACUUUCAAUAAAAAUUUUCUUACAAUUUGAAAUCAAAAAAAUAUAAAAAUGUUUCGAAAAUCGGCAAGAAUAAAAAAUUCGUCAUCAAAAAUUUCAAAUAAAAAGUUCAAAAUUUUAAGAAAUUUCCAAAUUCUCGAAAUUUCGUCCUCACUUUCCCACGAUUAUGCAAAUUUCGGUCAACAUCAAUAUCCGACCAUUCCAUGCGAAAAACGUUCAUUUAUUGUUGGUGGAACCCUACGAUUCGGCUGGUCGUGUUAUUUGGUCGAGAAGCUGCUAUUAGAAGCAAGCAGUGCCAAUAGACGCAAGGUAAGUCUGAUCGAUUUUGGGAAAUGAGAGAUUACUCUUGGGUUAUCAUUGUUACGAGGUUUAAUUGGGGCUCUAUGUAUAGGAAGAACUGUAAAUAUGUGGUAUACCCUGUAUUUUACUGGGCAUACACCCCCAAGUUCGAACUUUUAAUGUUGAUAAAGUUUGGCCCAAGUUUUCGAUCUUGAUCUGUCGGAAAAAUAAUGUGGAUUUGUCGCAGCAUGUCUCGCCUCGUCGGAGCCGCAAAUUGAGUCUCCAGCCGCGGCUAGCCAUUAAAAAGCGAUGACGGGCGAUUUCAAGCCGCGAGAAAUCCAUAUUAUUUUCCCGGCAUGCUGGUAUGCCAAAGUUUCAUCGAAGAAAUUUAAGUUUUUUGAACGGAAUUCAAUGAUUUAGCAUGAAAAAACGUUUUUUCUACGACCAUCAGCUUAUUUUCCGCUCUUUCUUGUAGAAAGACCGUUACAAUUCUUGACUGUGCUUGCAAAGCGCGAGUUAAGACUUUCUAGGUUUGAUAUGGGGCCAAUAUAGGAUAAGUUCGCAAAACUUGAAGAAAACGAAAGCGUCGCAUCUGGGUACCCUUAUCAGUCUGUAGGGAAAAUGAAGAGCACUCUGUCGCAUCGGAAAUCGCAUCGCAGGCGAGAAAAUGAAUGGUCUUCGCGGAAAAAUCAAAAUUGCUUUUCACUUUAGCGACGCAGUCGGCGCAGCGACAUUGUGCUUAUUAUUUUCCCGACAAACUGAUAGUUAAUUUCUUCACAACUCCCACCCCUCUACUCUCUAUUUUUCAGCCGAAACCAUGGCGUUGCCUUUCCUCUUGAAGAUCAUCUUCCUGGUAUUCGCGUUCGCCUGUCUUGGUGCGACUGUAGUCUCGUUGUAUCUGCCCAAUUGGGAAGCGGUCUCGGUGAAUGGGACCAUACAGACCCGAGGACUGCUGCAGGACUGCAUUCAACGACCCGACCUCUUCAAACCGGAAUUUGACACCGGCGCGUCCGUUGACGUCCACAAUGCUUCAGGCUCGGCGGGUUCGGUCGCCAAUGCAGCCAGCAAUUCGGCGCAUUCGGUCGCGGAUGCGGCCAGCAAUUCGGCGCACUCGGCUUAUGACGCCGCCAGAAACACGGCGGAUCUGUGCCAGUCGGCUUUUGAGGUGAGUUGAAAGGGGCCUCCAUUUUUUUUGAUUUUUUUAAUUACUUUUUUUUGAGAUUUGUUUUUUUCUUUUUUUUCCCCUUGCAGUUCGCAAAAAGUAUGUGAGGAAAAUAAAAGGGCGCUACUUGCGGAGUAAACGUUGGCUUAGGCCUGUUUAGGCUAUACGGUAUACAGUGGGGGACCUGAUCCAGUAGCAGAAAACGUAUCAUCUUGCCUCCGGUAAAUGUCAAAAAUGUGGCAAAAUGCUUCCCUCUCCGAGUGAAAAAACUUCGUUUUGAAGGGCCUGUUUCCUCACAAGCGGGCGCGCUUUUGAAAUUUUGAGUUUUUUUCGUUUGGAGGCGGAGGAACUUUGCCACAUUUUUUGAUGCUUCCUGGAUACAAAACGGUACGCUUCUUGCCACUGGAUCAGGUGGCAAAAAACACUGUCGCUUAGGCUUAGCACAAGCCUAGGUUAGCGCUUGCAAUGAUUUAGCUUCUAUUCCCCGGGCGCAUUUUUUGAACUGUUCACCAAUCUGUGGAACUUUUUCCAAGCCUUCCAUUUCCAUAUCGCAAAAAUUCAUUUUUUUGUAUUUCAGACUUCGGGUAUCUAUGUGAAGAUCAUAGUUGGUCUUGUGGCCGUGUCCAUCCUACUGCAAUUGCUCGCCAUUGCCUGGGCCUUUGUCAGCUUCUGCUAUUGUUGUUGUUCCAAUCUUUUUGCGCCCAUUGGAGGUCUUACUGGCCUGGCCGGAGCUCUCAAUAUCAUCUCGGUGGCCGUCUUCUACUCUAUGAGUGUUGAAGGUGGGUUUUUUGAUGAUAAAAAAUUCUCUUUUUUGAACAUCAAAAAAAUAUUUCCUUUUCCAGACUUUAAACACAUCACGGACAAUCUGAAAGGAGGCUUGGAAGACGACAGUUCCCAGUCCUUCUUCAACAUUCACAGCUUCUCGCUCUUCAUCAUGAUCGGCAGUGGAGUUGUUCUGCUUGUUGUGUGCACCGCGUUGGCCGUCACGGUCCAAAAAGUCGACAAGAGAGAGCCCGAGGGGGGUGAGGGUGGAAAGGGAAGUAGUGCUCGUUGA